AUGUCAUCUACUAAAGGAUGUUUAACAGACUUAACCAAAGAAGAAAUUCUCGUCUACGGUUUUCGAGCGUAUAUCUCACCAAUUCUCGUGAUUAUCGGUAUACCAACAAAUUUUCUAGUUGCUGUAGUCUUCACUAUCCUUGAACGUCGUAGUAAAUGUCGUUUUAAUCUCUAUGCUAUAUGGAUGGCUAUAGCACAUAAUAUGCAAUUAAUCGUGAAUACCCUAAUAGAUGAUUUUUUAGGUCGUGGAUUAAAAUACGCCACCUUAUGUAAACUGUCAAUACAAGUUGAUAUUCAAUCAUCGUUUAUAUGUAAAGUACAAACAUAUUUAACUGAUGCCUCAGCACUAAUUGCUGCCUCCAUUCUGAUGUUAUUCAGUGUGGAUCGUGUUUGUUCCAUUUAUAAUCCAAAGUAUUUUGAACAAAGUUCUCACAUAAAAUUAAGCCAUGUAAUUAUUUUCUUGGUUACACUGAUAUCUUUAAUGUUGAAUAUUCCUCAUUUAAUAUUUGCAGAUUUAAAAAUUACACCGAUAAAUAGUUAUCGUGAAUGCCAGUAUAUUAAUCCGUUAGCUGGUGGGGUUAAAUACGUUCUCUACUUAUACAUUGUUGGUGUAGCUAUUCUCCCCGCUAUAUUCAUAUUCAUUACAAAUAUUCUUAUUUUAUACAAAUUGAGUACUAUUGUCUAUCGAUCUAAGCUGAUUGGUGCUAAAGAUGAAGAAUCCAAGAAUGAAAUGGGUAAAGUGGUAGCUCACUUGGCUAUUAGUAUCCUAUUCACUUGUGUAUCUAUCCCACUGGUUGUAACAAUUAUACUCAGACAAGAGGUACACUUUUAUAAAUAUGAUGUAUUAUAUCCAGCUUAUGCUAAAAAAGUUGUCCAGUAUUCAAAGUUAUUUAGUUCUGUGGAUUCAUUCAAUCAUGCAUUUGAUUUUUUCUUGUAUCUGGCUUUCAUGCCAACAUUUCGUGAUACUGUUUGGGAGAUAGUAACCUGUCGAGUGAUUGGUUGGCGGAGAAGACAACGUGUAAAGUAUAGAAAACGAUUAGAAUAUUUUGAAAAUCAACACCGUCAUCAUCACCAAUGUAACCAUGACGACCAUCGGCAACUAAAACAACAACAACAGCGGCAGCAGCAACAGCAACAACAAACAAAGCUACAAUCACAACUGCAACCACAUCAACAUUACCAACUGGAAUGGAAGCCUGCUACACUAGUUAACGAUGAUGACAAAAUAUCACUUUAUUCAAAUAAUUAUAGUAUUUUCCCUGAAAUUAUCUAUGCUAAUAUUAAUGGUAUCAAUUAUAGUACAGAGCCUAUCCCGUAUAUUGACCAGUAUGUGAAUUAUUCUCCGGAACACUGUGUACUGACACGUUUAUAG